AUGGCAGCAGCCCCGAGCCUCAAGCAAUCUCCUUGCCCUCCGGCCUCAACGCCCGUGCCCUUGGAGGUGCGGGUGGUGCAAGAGAGCGGCUGUGAUGCCUCCGCGGCUUGGUCCGAAGUGCCUGAUGAGCCUCUGCCGUUGCCGCAGAUCGCCGGUCGAGUGGGACAGGGCGACCUCGGGGGUGACGUGUCGUGCAUCGCACCGGCCGCUUCACAGGGCAAGCUGCUCCAGGCCAUGCCACGAUUCAUGCAGACGAUGUCGCAGGAGGACGGGCCGGACAUUCCGAUUAUUCUGCCGAUGGAAAGCAGCGGACAACACUGCCUGGACGUGCUGACCUGCCUCUGCGCAAUCAUGGCCGUGCUCUGCUUCUGCGGCAUCAUCGUCUGUGUGGUGAUGUUAGUUUUUAAUGAGACGAUGCCAUUUAUGUGUCCUUCUCACCACGUUGCUUGCCAGGCUUUGGAGCACUCGGCAAAUCCCCGCUUCCGAGCGACGGUUCUGGCGGUGUUCACCCUCAUGGUGGUCUGCCUUCCUCUGGCCUUGGCUUCGUGCCAGGGCCAGUGCAUAUGCUUGCGGGUGUUCUUGCGAGACGAUGGGCUCGUUUCCCAAAUCAAGCGCUGUCGUGAUGCCUGCUUCAAGCGUCUUCUGGCGGCGCCGGCGGAGAUCGCCAGGAGGGUGCGCUCUCUUCGCUCCAAGAAGCACGCUUCACACGGCCGGGACGGCCGUGUGCACCCGAGCCAGGAGGGGCCAAGGCAGCUUCCGACGGUCUGCUUCGGUGCUCAUGGUGUUCAGGACUUUAGCAACUUGGCCAUCGUUCCCGCUCCACAGCUGGCCCACACCGGCUCAAGAGCCAAGCAAAUGCUAGAAGGCUUCCCGAAACGCUGGCGCCAGAUUACGACAUUGCCUUUCCGCGAGCUGAUCGAACUCAGCCCUUCAGAGGGUGAGGGUGCCGAAGUUGCAGCCCUAGUUCUGAGUGACAGAACGUGGCACCGACCCCCACGUUGCGAGCAGGUGCUCCGCAUUGAGAACUCCAAUGCCUGGGCAGCCUACACUGCCCGGAAAACUCAGCUCCUCUCCAGACGUAACUGGUCUGGUGAGGAGGAUCUGCCACUGGCUUCUCCCGGCCGCCUGGAUUUCUGCACAGACGAGCUGGACAUCCGGCUCAACGAGCAGUUCCUUCUUUGCGGCACGACUGUCGAGCUUGCGGAGUAUGCGCAAGCCACCGGGGAGGUAGUGGCCAGCCACGAGUGCUCGCGGCACCAGCUACAGCAAUCCCUGGGUGGCGGCAUCCACUUCUGCUACCAAGGCUUCAUCGCACAUGAGCAGGCAGCAGAUGCUGGGUACAGCCGCGACGGCCUCGAGAGCCCUUGGGCUGUCUUGGUUUGCCGGGUGCUGGUUGGCAGGCCAUUGCGACACAGCGGCCGCCGUGGCGGCCCGCGGCUCCAGCGUGACUGGGAAAGCGGCCGCUUCGGAAGCCUCCUCCUUGGCGAUGAGACCUGUCGCAUGGAGAUCUUCAUUCCACUGGAUGCCAUAGCAAGCGUUUACCCGGAAUAUGAUGCAUCAAAGACGCCACGGCGGCACGGUGGUGAUCCUGCGGUAAGUCGUUCAGGCCAUGUCGUUCAGGUUGAACAUUGCCUGGUUCCGAAUCGCAGGGCCUUGCAGAGAGAAGAAUUAGAGGAGUUCUCCUCUCUGGCAGGAUACCUAGGCAUGAGGCCUAACGGCCUCAUGGAUGGAUUCAGCUACUUCGAUGCCUCUGGGUUCGUUCUACAGCCGGGUUGUGCUAAGUUCACGAACUUUGACGAUGACUGGACCUCACACGAUCUUUUGCGUUCCAACGCUUCAGCGCGUAACAUGCUGAAGUCGGUGCACAGUCUCAGCACCACCUUGGGCCUUCAUCCGGUGACAUGGCUGGAUUGGGUCUAUGGGAACACGACCGUCUUUCGCUUUCCCGGCACCGAAGGCCAUGUGGCCCUCACAAUUGACGACGGCCUUUGUCGCAAUGGGGCUUCCAGCUCGAUGAUCGCGGAGGUAAGGCAGCUUCUGAAGGAACAUGGUGCCAAAGCGACCUUUUUCCUUUGCUCCGACUAUGUGAACGGAUUUGAAGACGAUGCAAAAGAGCUUUUGGCAGAUGGUCACGAGUUCGCCAACCACUGCCCUUCGGACGGGGUGGACUACUACAACAUGUUGCCGGAGCAAUUCGAAACGGAACUGCUGAAGACCUCUCAGAAGAUUCAGGAGGUGAGUGGGAAUGUUCCCCGCUGGUUCCGUGCACCUCAAGGAAGGUACUCUGGCACCAUGCAUGGGGCCGUAUCGAAGCACGGCAUGCACCACGCCCUGGGCGACUGCUACUGCGACGACUGGGCCGUUGAG